UUUAAACCUUUUUUUUUUUCUUUGGCUUUUUGCUGUUACUUAAAUGGGUUUUUGAUGAAAUAUAAAUCCUUUGCUAUGUGUUUAAAUCUAGUGGUUAUAAAACCAUUCAAAUAUGGGUAAAGUCAGAGCAUUUUAACGAUGAAAUAUUCAUGUGUUGAACUAGUAUUCAAUUAUUUCUUCCCGCAAGGAUUGCUUAUUAAGCAUAGGUUAUUCAAACUUCUACAGGUUGAAGAAAUAAUGGAUGAAACAUUGCUUCUUCCUGGGUACAGAUUCAUUCCGAACGACAAGGAACUUUACGUCGACUAUCUUUACCCGAAAAUCACCGGUCAAUUGUCGCCGGUAUUGCAGAGAAUAGUACCCGACUGUGAUUUGUAUGGCACCGAAGAACCUUGGAUGGUUUGGAAGCGUUUUGGCGGAGAUGAAUUGGGUGGCCUCGGAGAUCUCUAUUUCUUUACCAAGCUCAAGAAAACAAACCCUAGAUCAUCAAGAGUUGAAAGAUCGGUUGGUAAAGGCACUUGGCAUGGAGAAAAUACUGGAGUUCCACUUCUGCUCGAAGAAAUUGGACAGACCGGAAUGAAGAGAAGGUUUUGUUAUAGGAGUAAAACUUUGUCUAAGCAACAACAAGAAGGGCACUUUAUAAUGCAUGAGUACAGUUUUCCUAAUAUAAAAUCUAAUUUGGUUUUGUGUAGUUUAAGAAAGAAAGACGCCUUUUCUGUUUCUUCUCCUGGAAGUAAGAAGAGAAAACUUGAUGAAGAAGGGGUUGAAAAUAGUUUGGUUAUGGAGCGAGAUGGAAGCAUUCAUUCCAAGAAGAGAAAGAAACUUCAUUGA